GCUCCAGGCUGGACUGGAUCGUAGAAGACUCCGCUUCAACAGUCAGCCAGGCAGUCGGAAAGUCACACACAACUCCCAUAUUUUCAGUACUCAAAGACGAUUGUUUUUGAAAACUAAAUUUUAAGCAGAACAAAACAUUUCUAAUCAUGGAGGCAGAUCUGGCGUUUCUCAUAGACGCCUUGUCCACGCCGAACACCCCGCUGACGCGGCCCUACAGCGCGGAGCAGCUCCAGGAGAUACGCGACUCCUUUGUUUCGCUACAGCGACUGCUGCGCCACAACCCCUUGCCGGUGGAAGAGGAGCCCGAGUCGUCCUUGCGCAUGCCGCGCUCCAAGGCUGGCGGCAGCCUGGCCGUCGCCAGGGAAGCCCUCGAAGAGUCGCCUGAGUCCAGCGGCAGGGAGCGCAAGGAGACCGUGAGCGAGAUAAUCCGCGGCAGCGACACGUUCAGCAUCUGGAGCCUCGACACGGACACCUACGAGACGAGACGGUCCCUGAGCUCGGACGUGAUCGUGACCCGGCGGCAGACGUGCACCUCCACGGUCUCCUACAGCACGCCCGUGGAGCUGGUCUGGAGCAACAGUGGCUACAAUUCGGAGAGCACGGACAGCGACACGACCAUCACGCCGGACGGGCACAGGUACAGUCUCCGCAAGUAGCCCGCUCCCGCGAUGUCCAUUUGUCAAAAUUCGUUUGCCCAAAUAUAAACUACACUGUGCAACGGG